AGCCACAGCAAACCUUAUUCCUCCAGCCACAGAAGCCAAAUAGAGCAAAACAAGGUCCCAGGCAGCCAGUCCGGCAACGCAAACAGUCUGCAGCUCAUCGUACUCGACAUCCGCAAGACAUGGCCUCCAAGACUACCGCCAAAAAGACCGGCAAGACUCGCUCGGCCCUCCAAGACGUUGUCACCCGCGAGUACACCAUCCACCUCCACAAGCGAGUCCAUGGACGUUCGUUCAAGAAGCGUGCUCCCUGGGCCGUCAAGUCCGUCGUAGACUUCGCACAGAAGGCUAUGGGUACCUCUGAUGUCAGGGUCGACCCUAAACUCAACCAGGCGUUGUGGGCCCGGGGUAUCAAGACUGUCCCUCACAGAAUACGGGUCAAGCUUGAGCGAAAACGUAACGAUGAGGAGAACGCAAAGGAGAAGCUCUUCACAUACGCAACUUACGUUCCCGUUGAGUCGUUCAAGGGUCUUGAGACUGUUGUCGUCGACGCCGAGUAAACGGCUUCUUGUGUCUUCUGAUUGAGCAGAGAGGGCUGUUCUUCAACAGUCGUUCAGAGCUUUCGGUGUACCGUUGUGUCAUUAUCGCAUCUUUCAUUUUUUUCGCUUAUCAUGCGACCCGCUAUGCGGCACUCUCCAUCCUACACUGUACGCAUUACUGCUAUUGCGUCCCAUAUGCCAUGUCAUGCCGAGGAAUCAAAAUCACGCCCUGGCGUUGCUUGACGGAAAUUGUCGUCGCAGGUCCUCUAUUGUCUCUCUUGGCGUGCACCGUGGCACGAGUUC